AUUUCAGGUAAAAAUGUUACCUUUUGAGACAUUGGAUAAAGCAGAACUUAACAGUGUAAGAUUGGACCUUGUUCACCAACUUCAGUGUUUUAAUUGCUCUACUGAAGAUAUACAAACCCUUCGAGAUAUUCUCGUUGAUAUACUCAACCUUCAACAUGGACUAGAGGAUAACCUUCUUGUCAUACAACAGAUCCAACAAGUAGAUCCGGGGACAGGAGAAGAUUAUAAAGAGCUGGCUCUAAAUACAGCUAGGCAGCAUAUUAUAGAUAUUAAUUCAGUUUAUCAACAAGGACUAGACUGGCUCAGAAAUGACCAAGCUUGUGAUACACUUGGUUCAGAUAAUAUCAAUGAAGAUAUUAAAAUUGAAAUCAAAGAAGUUCCUGGUCUGGACUUUGAUGAAUUGCCCUCAAACUGCUCUGAAAUUAAGAAUAAUGUAGUACUAACACCAAGAACCAAUUCAGAAUAUGAUAAUCUGCUUCCAAUAGAUCACGAGGGUAUUGUCUCAAACUUAAGUGAAAAGAAUCAACAAAGAGCGAUGAGUGAUGGCAGAAAAACUGGUAGAGGCCCAAACUGGUCAGAUCUGCAGACAGCCUGUUUUAAAAGUUUAAUUACAACCUUGGAUGGGGGUGAUAUUUGCAAUGCUAUUCUUUCAACCAAUAUGACCAAGGAGGGGAAAGAGAAGAAGAAGAGAGCUUGGGGUCGGGUGUUAAGGAAGUUCAGAAAAAUCCCUGGAAAUGAGCAUUUUGAACUAAAGCAUCUUGCUUCAAAAUUCAAAAAUCUUAAGAAUCGCAACAAGGAGUUUCCUGAAGAGAGAAUGUUUCAAGCAGUUCAAGCAGAUGGUUCACCAUACUCACCUUCCAACGGGCUGGAGUGGAUGAAAAAUGAUCAAUCUUGUGAUGCUCUUGGUUCAGAAGAAUAUAUUAAAGUAGUUCCUGAUCUGGAUUUUGAUCAAAUCUCCUCGGAUGAGGAAGAAAUAACAGAACAAGGAAUUGCAGAGCAUGAUAAUCUGGUUCCAGUAGAUGAUGAGGGGAAUGUGUCAAACCCAAGGGAAAAGAAUCAACAAAGAGUGGCGAGUGAUGGCAGAAGACAUUGUAGAGGUUCAAACUGGUCAAAUCAUCAGACAGCCUGUUUUAAAAGUUUGAUUACAACCUUGGAUGGGGGUGAUAUUUACAAUGCUAUUCUUUCAAUGGAUAUGACCAAGGAGGGGAAAGAGAGGAAGAAGAGGGCUUGGGAUCGGGUGUUAAGGAAGUUCAGAAAAAUCCCUGGAAAUGAGGAUUUUGAACUCAAGCAUCUACUUUCAAAAUACAAAAACCUUAAGAAUCGGAACAAACAGUUACAAGAGAAGUUAAAGUUUCAAGCAGAUGAUUUACCUCACUCACCUUCCAGUGGGCUAGAAUGGAUGAGAAAUGAUCAAUCUUGUGAUACUCAUGAUGCAGAAGAAGAUUUCAAAGUAGCACUUGACGUGGACUUAAAUCAAAUCCCCUCCGAUAAUGAAGAAAUAACAGAAAAAUGUAUUACAGACUAUGAUAAUCUGGUUCCAAUAGGUCAUGAAGGAAAUUUGUCAAACAUAAUCAAAAAGAAUCAACAAAGAGUUGUGAGUGGAAGGAGAAAAGGUCGGAGAGCCCCAAACUGGUCAGAUCAACAGGCUGCCUGUCUUCAAGAUUUGAUUACGACCUUGGAUGGGGGUGAUGUUUACACCGCUAUUCUUUCCACCAGUAUGACCAAGGAGUGGCGGGAAAGAAAAAAGAGAGCUUGGGACACAGUGUACAGGAUGUUUCGAAAAAUCCCCGGAAAUGAGGUUUUCAAACUCAAGCACCUUUUUUCCAAAUUCAAAAACCUUAGGAAUUUAAACAAAGAGUUAAUCGAGGAUAGACGGUUUCAGGCAAUUCAGUCAGAUGGUUUAUCUCACUACCCUAACAAUGGAUCUGACUGGAUGAUGAAUGAUCAAUCUUCUGAUACUCUUGAUUCAGAAGAAUAUACUAAAGUAGAUUCUGAUCAUGAUAUGGAUCAAAUCUUCACAGAUGAAGAAGAAAUAACAGAUCAAAGUAAUACAGAAUGUUUUCCUAUUGACCAAGAGGGGAACGCUUCCAAUACCUUUGAUGGAAGAAUGGAUGGAAGGAUGGUGAACUCUGUGCGUGCAAGUGAAAAAUGUCUGAGGGGACCAAACUGGUCUGACCAACAGGCAGCUUUCCUACAGGGUUUGAUUAAGACCCUCGAUGGGGGUGACGUCUACAAAGCUAUUCUCUCCACUAUGAAAACCAAAGAGAAUAGGAAAAGAAAAAAGAGAGCUUGGGAUAGGGUGUACAGGGAGUUUAGGCAAAUCCCCGGAAAUGAAGUUUUUAAGCUUAACCACCUUGUUUCUAAAUUCAAAAACAUCAGGAAUUUCGGGAAGGAGAUUUCAGACGAGAAGAUAUAUGAAGUAGUUCAGGCGAAUGUGCCACUGCCUCUCUCCCCUCACAUCGGUUGGAUGAGGAAUGAUCAAUCUUGUGAUGCUCUUGGUUCAGAAGAACAUAUAAAGGUGGAUCCUGAUCAGGACAUAGAUCAAUUCUCCUCGGAUUGCCUGGAAAAUCAGGAUAAUGAAGAAAGAUUGUCGAACUCCGUCAAAGUUGGCGGUAAACGUGAUAGGUCUCCAAACUGGUCUGAUGAGCAGACGGCCUGCUUACAGGAUCUGAUAAAGAGCCUGGAUGGGGGUGAAAUCUACACCGCUCUACUCUCUACAAUGAAAACUAAAGAGAAUAGGACAAGAAAGAAAAGAGCAUGGGAUAGGGUGUACAGAGAGUUCAGGAAAAUGCCUGGACAUGAAGUGUUUAGACUCAAACACCUGGUUUCUAAAUUCAAAGACAUCAAGAAUUAUAAAAAGGAGGAGUUAGUGCAGAAUCCUGACAAUACAGUUUGUGGAGCACCAUCACUCUCAUCUCCAACUGAAAAGGAUCCUAUUAAACCUCCGCCUUUUUCUAGGGAACAAACUCGUUUGCUUCUUGAAAUAGUUGAGAGUGUGAGAGUAAACCAAGAACAGAAAGAGAUAAUAGAUUCCCCAGGCAACAAACCGGAACUUAAAGAGAAGAAAAAUAAGGUUUGGAGAAAUAUUCAUGCUCAGUUUAUAGAAAGAUCUGAUUGCAACUUGUUCAGUGCUCAACAUCUUAAAGGCAAAUAUAGAAAUAUUGUGUUUCAGCGCGGUGGACAGAAAAAUUUCGAUGGAUCUGAGAAAUCCCUUCAAAAUAAUCCCAUUCAACAGCUGAACACAACUUACUAUCGUCCCAUUCUUCCUAAACUUCCUGAGGAAAAUUCUCCAGAGUUCCUUGAAGUCCCGGUCAAGGUGGAAAUACAUGAUGGAGAGGAAGAACGUAAUCCUCUGGAUGUCCCUGUCAAGGUUGAGAUAAUUGAUGAGGAAGAUCCACUUCAGAUUCUUUGAGGUCCCUGUCCACGUUGGUAUUCAUCAUGUGGAUUAAGAUGGAUGCUUUUCAUCGUCCUUUGAGCUUGGAGGAAGAAGAACAGUACUGUCAAACAUAAACCCGACAUAGUUAAUAGUUAUCCUAGUUUUUUUAUAGAAACAUUCAGGUUUGAAAAUUUGAAGAUUCUAAAUCCUCUGUAUUUCAG